GCGGGAGGCCGGGGCUGCGGGCGCUCGCUGGUGGCCGAGCCGGACAGUGCAGCGGCGCCUGGGGCUCGAACUCGAUCGGGAGCCAUGAGCGUGGACAAGGCCGAGUUGUGCGGGCCUCUGCUCACCUGGCUGCAGACGUUCCAAGUUCAGUUCCCCUGUGCCAGCCCCCAGGACCUGAGCAGCGGCCUUGCCAUUGCCCAUGUGCUGAAUCAAAUAGACCCCUCGUGGUUCAACGAAGCAUGGCUCCAGGCUAUCUCAGAGGACCCAGGUCCCAACUGGAGGCUGAAGGUCACCAAGCUGAGGAAGAUUUUUCAGAGCGUGGCAGAAUAUUCUCAGGAUGUCCUGGGGCACCCCGUAUCGGAGCAGCACAUCCCAGAUGUGAGCCUCAUUGGGGAGUUGGCAGACCCGGCGGAGCUCGGCAAGCUGCUUCAGUUGGUGCUUGGCUGUGCUAUUAGUUGUGAGAAAAAACAGGAGCACAUCCAGAGAAUCAUGACGCUGGAGGAAUCCGUUCAGCACGUUGUGAUGGAAGCCAUCCAGGAGCUCAUGACAAAAGACAGCCAUGACUCCCUGUCUACAGAGACUUACGGGAACUUUGAUACUCAGUCCCGCAGGUACUACUUCCUAAGCGAGGAGGCCGAGGAGGGGGACGAGCUUCGGCAGCGCUGUCUGGACCUGGAGCGGCAGCUUGUAUUGCUUUCAGAGGAGAAGCAGAGCCUGGCACAAGAGAACGCAGCGCUGAGGGAGCGGGUGGGCCAGCCAGAUGCCCAGGGUGCCCCGGGCAUCACCGCAAAAAAGCUGCUGCUCCUGCAGUCCCAACUGGACCAGCUACAGGAGGAGAACUUCCGGCUGGAGAGUAGCAGGGAGGACGAGCGGCUGCGCUGUCUGGAGCUGGAGCGGGAGGUCACCGAAUUGCAGCAGCGGAACCAGGCCCUGACCAGCCUUGCCCAGGAGGCACAAGCGCUGAAGGAUGAGAUGGACGAGCUGCGGCAGUCCUCGGAGCGCGCGGGGCAGCUGGAGGCCACCCUGAGCAGCUGCCGCCGCCGCCUGGGGGAGCUCCGGGAACUGCGGCGCCAGGUGCGCCAGCUGGAGGAGCGCAACGCGGGCCACGCGGAGCGCACGCGGCAGCUGGAGGAGGAGCUGCGGCGGGCCGGCUCCCUGCGCGCCGACCUCGAGGCCCAGCGGCGGCAGGUGCAGGGCCUACAGGUCCAGCGUCAGGAGGAGGCCAUCAAGGCGGAGAAAUGGCUGUUCGAGUGCCGCAACCUGGAGGAGAAGUAUGAGUCAGUGACGAAGGAAAAGGAGCGCCUGUUGGCGGAGAGGGACUCGCUGCGGGAGGCCAACGAGGAGCUGCGCUGCGCCCAGCUGCAACCAAGGGGAUUGACUCAGGCGGACCCUUCCCUGGAUCCCACCCAGCCAGGCCUGGAAAACUUAGCAGCAGAGAUCCUCCCUGCCGAGCUCAGGGAGACUCUCCUGAGGCUCCAACAGGAGAACAAGAGGCUGUGCCAGCAGGAGGCAGAGCACCGGGAGCGCCAGGCGGAGCUGCAGCGGCACCUGGAAGAGGCCAACCGCGCCCGCCACGCGCUGGAGGCGCAGCACCGGCUGAACCAGCAGCAGCUGUCUGAGCUCCAGGCCCAAGUGGGUGAGCUGAAGAAGGCCGUGCAGGAGCAAGGAGGCAAGGCUGAGGACGCCAUUCCCGCCCUGCUGAAGAGGAAGCUGGAGGAACAUCUGCAGAAACUUCACGAAGCUGACCUGGAGCUACAGCGGAAACGAGAAUACAUCGAAGAGCUGGAGCCACCCACCGCCAGCAGCACAGCCCGGCGCAUCGAAGAGCUGCAAGACAGCCUGCAGAAGAAGGACGCGGACCUGCGGGCCAUGGAGGAGCGCUACCGCCGCUACGUGGACAAGGCCCGCACGGUCAUCCAGACUCUGGAACCCAAGCAGCGUCCACCUGGGGGUGCACCUCCAGAAUUACACGCCCUGAGGUCACAGCUUCGGGAGCGGGAUGUCCGCAUCCGGCACCUGGAGAUGGACUUUGAGAAGAGCCGGAGUCAGCGGGAGCAGGAGGAGAAGCUGCUCAUCAGUGCCUGGUAUAACAUGGGCAUGGCCUUGCAGCAACGGGCCGGGGAAGAGCAGGCACCAGCCCAUGCCCAGUCAUUCCUGGCACAGCAGCGGCUGGCUACCAACGCUCGCCGAGGACCCCUGGGACGCCUCACAUCCCUGAGCCUUCGUGCCACGGACAAGCACUGACAAUCCUCAGCCUCUUGCCAGCUGCCAGCCAGCCAGCCAGGGCCCUAAUCCGCCCUGGCAUCCUCCAACUUACAUGGUACCUAGGCUUAGGCCUCGGUCAACUGUUUCAGAGCCUUGAGCGGUGAUCUAGGCCGUUUCCUCCGCAAGGAGGUCUGGUCUUUUGUUUUUUUUUUUU